AUAAGAAGUAGGAAGUGGUUCUGUAAAACCACUUUACAAUGUAAUCCUACGCCACACUCUCACCUUCUUUACUCAACAGUAGGAAAAAAAUAAAAAAAAAGAAUACCAGACACGGGGGAAGAUACUUUUUGUUGUUGUCAAGGAACAGAAGAUAGGAAACAUCAUUACAGUACUUUCAGGGAUCUGAAUUCCCAUAAAGCAGCCUUAUAUUCUAUUUGUUUCUUCAUUUUCGAAAAAAAAAACAAUCUUUUAUGUUUUGGGUAUCUCAAAAUGAAUUACAUCUAUUCUAUAUCAGGCCUGCCAAGUAAGAAGGCUCAAAUAUGAUGGCCAUUUAAAUUUAAGAUUGUCUGCUUAUUUCUCCACUAAGCAUUUCACAGACCACUUUCUCUAGGCCCUUGCCUUAGUCGUCUCGCAAUAUCUAAACCAUGCUUUCUUCAACAAGGAAGACCAUGGCAAUGGCUGCUCUUAUUCUUCAUCUUUGCAUUUACAAGGAGGUCGACUCCUCCCAUGAUCAUUCUGACAAGAUUAUUAGCCUUCCAGGGCAACCCCCUGUGGGUUUUCAUCAGUUUUCAGGUUAUCUUCAUGUAGAUGACCAAAAGCACAGAGCACUGUUUUACUACUUCGUUGAAGCAGAAAUUGAUCCUGCUUCCAAGCCUUUGGUCCUCUGGCUGAAUGGAGGUCCUGGUUGUUCUUCUCUGGGAGUUGGGGCCUUCUCAGAAAAUGGACCAUUUAGUCCAAACGGGGAGGUUUUAGUGAAAAAUGAACACAGCUGGAACCGAGUAGGAAACAUGUUGUACUUAGAGACACCCGCAGGAGUUGGGUUCUCUUAUGCGAAUGAUAGCGCUUCUCAUGGGACAAUGGAUGAUGAGGCCACAGCAAAAGACAAUCUCAUAUUCUUGCGAAGGUGGUUUGAUCAGUUCCCUCAUUACAAGCAUAGAGAUCUAUUUCUAACGGGAGAGAGUUAUGCAGGUCAUUACAUUCCUCAGCUGGCAAGGCUUAUGACAGAAUUGGACAAGAAGGAGAAGUUAUUUAAUCUGAAGGGAAUUGCUCUAGGGAAUCCGGUUCUUGAGUAUGCGACAGACUUGAAUUCAAGGGCAGAGUUCUUUUGGUCACAUGGAUUAAUAUCAGACUCCACUUACACAUUCUUCACUGCUACUUGUAACUAUUCCCGAUAUGUUAGUGAGUACUACAGAGAUUCAGUCUCAGAGGUUUGUUUGAGGGUGAGGACCCAAGUCAACAAAGAAACCAGUAAUUUCGUUGACAAGUAUGACGUUACUCUUGAUGUCUGUAUUCCUUCGGUGCUCUCGCAGUCCAAGUAUUUAAGGCCACACCCACAGCCUGAGGGAGAGAGGAUAGAUGUUUGCAUUGAGGAUGAAACCGUUAAAUAUCUGAACCGAGAGGAUGUGAAAAAGGCUCUUCAUGCCCGUCUUGUCGGAGUCCACAAGUGGACUGUUUGCAGCGAAGUUCUGGACUAUGAGCUUCUCAACCUGGAAAUUCCAACCAUCUCCAUUGUUGGGUCACUUGUCAAAGCGGGAAUAUGAAUCUUAAUUUUAAGGUUGGCAACAGAGCUGGGUCUUAAAACUAGUGUUCCAUAUGGUGCUUGGUUCCAAGGAAAGCAGGUAACCCUAUAUUUAUCCUUAUUUCGGAUUCCAUAAUUCUAUUGAGAAUUUCUCCCAUUGUCGUCUCAUCUUAGGUCGCAGGUUGGAGUCAAAUUUAUGGUAAUAUCCUUUUUUUUGCAACCAUUCGAGGUGCCUCUCAUGAAGCCCCAUUCUCUCAACCUCAACAGUCACUUAUACUAUUCAAGUCGUUUCUGGAUAACAGGCCUCCACCACAAGUUCUGUGAUGUAGAUUUAAUGUAUGAGUGAACACUAUACAAGCUUAGCUAUGGAAA